UGCAUCCGAGGGACGAGACGGUGCUCAGCUGCGAGAGCUGCUCUCCGCUGCUCGCCCCGCGCAGUGAUACCCGCAGGCCCGCCCCGCCUGCCUCCGCUCAGGCCCUACAUAAAAGGAUACAUGUUCACUUCAAGUAGAAAGGAGCAUGUUCCCAAAUUCUUCCAACUUGGGUCGUCCACCCUUUCCUCCAAAAUAUCAACAACAGAGUAUUUUCUUCACUAAACUUCCUCUAAAUAUGCCUCCUACUCUUAUGUCUCACCAGCAAAUUGUCGUUCCUCCGUUUCAUCUUCACAGUGCAGUUUUUUCUAGAGCUCUUUUGAGUGGGAAUGUUGAAACUACUCCAGCUACUACUCCAGCUGUUGCACUGCAACGAGUGACUUACGGAAGUGUUAGUCCAGUGUCUACACCAGAUGCCCUGACAUCAUUUCAAGGAAGAAAGAGACAAAGUCAACAGAGUGUUCCAGAUGACGCCAAACGGCAGCGGAUUCAUUCACACGAUUCUGAUACAGCUGUAGUUAACCAAGCAGUGCCUUUGCCAAAAGAACGUAGACGCUCCUUCCCAGCAUCAGUUUUAGUUCCGUCUCCAGUGGUGCAUGCGACUGGCUCACCAGGUUUAAUUGGAUGUGUCCCUCCUUUGCAAGAUACUUUGUUUCCAGAUCCUCCAGAAACCGGGCUCCCUGUUGCCAAGGACGAGUUAAGUAAACAGAUUUUGGAGUUGUUUCAAGCAUGUCGACAACAGGCCAUUGAUUUGGACAGAAAAGAGCUUUGCAGAACAGAACUCCAGAGAGAAAUUCAGCUAAUUUUUCCACAGAGCAGACUUUUUUUGGUUGGGUCCUCACUAAAUGGAUUUGGCACUCGUACUAGUGAUGGUGAUUUGUGCCUGGUGAUUAAAGAAGAGCCAGUGAAUCAGAAGACUGAAGCAAGACGUAUACUCAGCUUAGUCCAAAAACUCUUCAGUACUAAACUUUCAAGCUACAUUGAGCGACCUCAGCUGAUCAGAGCAAAAGUGCCAAUAGUGAAAUUCAGGGAUAAAGUCAGCAAUGUGGAUUUCGACUUGAAUGUAAACAAUGUGAUAGGUAUAAGAAAUACAUUCCUUCUGAGAAGCUAUGCAUUCAUUGAGAAUCGAGUUCGUCCAUUAGUACUUGUAAUUAAGAAGUGGGCAAGUUUUCGUAAGAUAAAUGAUGCCAGUCGUGGUACUUUAAGCAGCUAUAGUCUUGUGUUGAUGGUUUUGCACUAUUUACAGACCUUACCUGAACCCAUCCUUCCAUCCCUCCAAAAAAAUUACCCAGAGUGUUUUGAUCCUACCAUGCAGUUGCAUUUUGUUCAUCAAGCGCCACGUACCAUUCCUCCUUACGUCUCAAAAAAUGGAUCAAGCCUUGGAGAUUUGCUAAUAGGCUUCUUCAAAUAUUAUGCCACAGAAUUUGAUUGGAGCCAUCAGAUGAUAUCCGUUCGUGAGGCCAAGGCUAUUGCAAGACCGGAUGGUAUUGAAUGGAGAAACAAAUUUAUUUGUGUAGAAGAGCCCUUUGAUGGGACAAAUACUGCUAGAGCUGUACAUGAGAAACAGAAGUUUGAUAUGAUCACAGGUGAACUUGUACAGGCGUGGCAGUUAUUACGAGAGAAGAAAGACCUGAACUGUAUAUUGCCCUUAAAAGCAGUCAAACAGAAAAGAUAACUGGCUUCUUUCAUUUUCCUUUUUUUUUGGAUCCUGCUGAACUAAAGAACAUUGUCAAAAUCAAGAGGCACUCACCCCAUGGUUUUUAUGACCUGUUUUUCUCUGUAAACUUUUGUUAAGGAAAUGUUUAUAAGGAUGUGGCAUAUUUUAUUAUCAGUAUUUGUUAAAGCAGCUCUUCAAGAUACGAUUUCUGAAAAUGCUUGCAUUGUUGACUUCUAGAAGAAACUCACAGCAAACAAGAAGAAUACAUCUAUUUUAAGGAAAGUAUGGGGAUAUACUGACUUGUUUCUUGUGUGAUCUGUGUAGCCGUUAUUUCAGACAGAUUUAAUCAUGAAAGAUAGACAUUCAAAGUUAAAUCAUGUGCAAAUUGACUACAUUCUUAAGGCACUGUGCACUACCAACUUCUUGAUGAACAGAGUCUGUGCUUUACACCUGCUGAAUUGCAGUAAGCACUUCUGCUCAACUUUGCACUUUCCAGUUUUAUUUCACUUUUACUUGGAAUAACAAGCAAGUGUUUAUGAAAAUGAAGCUAGGUUAUAGUUGGUAGUACUCUGAAUAUCAAGAACUGUUAUCUAAACCAAAAUUUUCAAGCAGCAGUUGUCCUAUGAAGAAGUGGAAGUAAAAAAGCUCAAUUCAGUGCACAUAAAUGCUUCACAUUCACACAGAGUAGGUAGGAAAAUUUUUUGUGCUUCUGUUUACGUAUUUGAAGUAAUAGUGGUGCCUCUUUUGGAGAAAAAGACCAAAUCAAAAUCAAAACACCUCACAUCAGUGCUAAAAUAAGCUGGGCUUCUUAUUUGAUUUUGUGUAAAUGUUUGUGAAUUGAUCAGCCACUGUAAAUUGAAUCUAAGUAAGUAAUAUUGAAAAGUAUAGCUCUUCCAAAAAAAUUGCAAACCAUCUCUUAGACCUCCUAUAGCACAAUUUGUGUCUCUCAUAUAUUUGUUAUUGAAGACCAAUUAAUUUUUAAGGUUGUAUUUACCACUGAAGUUGAAUUCGUACUUCCAUUUUAUAAAGUUUAAUAUUUUAUAUGGUGUCCAGUGAAAUAAAGUUUAUAUAUGGAAGAUACAGGUUAUUUUUCCAAUUUAUGUUAUUUUGUACUGCAUAUUUAAAGUAUUUCCUAUAAUUAAGUAGAAUAGGAAAUGCCCCAUGAGCUAAGGCCCAUUGUUGCAAUUCAUCAAGAUCUGUCAUGGCUAUUCUGCAGUACAUCUGUGAAAAGUUUGGUUUAUUUCUUUCUCUAACAAAAUUGUGAAAACUCUUCUAACCAUAGAAUAACAAGUAUUGUCUUCUUGUGCAAACUAUUAAGUUCUAGUUUAUUUAGAAGUUCUAAGUACUGUAAACUAUGUGUCUGAUGUGAGAUUACUUCCUACACACUUCGUCAUGGUCUCCUCUAUAUAGAAUUUUGACUUUUUUCUGCAAUUGACUUUUUCUUCUUAAUUUUAACUGUCUUUCAGUUUUAAAAUUACUCCAGCAGUCCACUGAAAUGUUCCUCCUUGCAUAUGUUCACCCUCACUGCCCUUUUUCUAUAGGAUGGUAGACUUGAGUAUCAGUGAAACAUUCACUUUGAUUCACUUUAUGUAAAACUGAAGCACAAGAUUUUAGGACAGGAUGAUGUCUGGAUUCAGAGAUGCUCUACAAGCUCUAUGUAGAUUCUGGGAAAAGAGAAUGUUGGCUGUAUCUUCUUGAAAAACAUGUUGGCUAUAUCUUUGUCUGGAAAAUUUAAAACUUUCCCAACCUAAGAUAAAUAAGAAGGGACAUAAAUGUUUAAAGUUGGUUUAAAUGCAUUUUAAGUGAGCUGAAUGUGAGAAACAAAAUUUUAUAAAAGGCAUAAAACUCUCUUAUGAGUUUGUAUUGCAUCACCUAAUAUGUCAACAUUUCUUACACCUUAAAUUAAUGCUUCAUGUUUAAUUUAAUUCCUAGCUGUUUUUAAAAGGUUAGUUUAAAACAUUAUGGUAUCCCUGAGCUACUCUAUAAAAAUGCCCUACCAAAUAAGUGGUAUUUUUAAUACAAGGUAAGGUCUGUACCCACAACAGUCUGUGUCUUUCAAAAGAAUCCAUUUGUAUUUUUUUCUGAAGUUUAUGUCCUUCUGAUAAACCAUGUCUAUAACCAGAAAAUCUAGAUGGUAGUUUUCCCCAUUUUUUUUGGAACAGUACAGUUGGUAGCACAUUUGUUAAAUAGUGGACUGCAACUUCUGUCAGAAAACCUCAGAUGUAAUACCACAAAGUAAAUGGCUUGGGGAGAGUGGGUAAGAACUGGACUUUAACUUUGGAUUCAGUUCUGUAUAGUCUGAGGUUUUUUGAGGUUUUAUGACCUAUGUUUUCAUCUCUGGGCAAGUAUUCAGAGUAAAAAAUUCACUAAUGGCUACCAUAAAUUUUAGUGUUAGGGUAAAAUUUUCAACUUUCCUCAGUUUUAAAAAAUUUAAAAUUAAAAUUUAAAAUU